AGAGAACAGACAAGUGUUAACAUGGCGCUGUUCACCACUAAGUUUGUCCAGAGAGCUUCGCUCUUUGUGUCCUUCGGAGGUUUAGUCACAACCAUUAUUACAACCUUUCUGCCACUAUGGAAGACGAUGAACUCGGAUCUGAAUGAGAUGGAGAACUGGUAUGAGGGUCUCUGGCACAUGUGUAUCUACACAGAGGAAGUUGGCAUUCACUGCAAAGCCUUCGAGUCUUUUUUAGCCCUUCCACUAGACACUUUAGCUUCACGGGUUCUCAUGUGCAUUUCCAUCGCGACGGGAUUCCUCGGUGUGGCGGCUGCUUUUUUCGGACUCCAAGGUGUUGAGAUUGGUGCCGGGCGGGAGAGGAUGAAGAGGACGCUGCUCAUCCUCGGUGGAGUGUUUAUCGUUGUGUCGGGGAUCACGACCCUUGCACCUGUUUCGCUAAUGGCGUACAUAAUGGUAGUGAAGUUCUGGGAUGAGAAUCUUCCGGAUGUGAUGCCCAGGUGGGAGUAUGGAGAGGCCAUGUUUUCUGCCUGGUUUGCUGGACUUCUUUUAGUUGUUGGAGGGGCUUUUCUUUUUGUUGCUGUUUGCAUGGGCGAUCAUGAAGCAAAGCUGCGAAGUAAAAUUCUCGCUCUCAAUCAAGAACAACGCCCGAGAACUCAGCAUUACAGCAUUACAGAAAUCAUAUAG